CUUCGUCUCCAGAGCUAGGGUUUAAGAUAUUUUGCUCGAGAACGGGAACAGAAUCGAAAUGGCAGUCAGAGCCGAAUUACUGAAGCGAUUCUUCUCUACUUCUGUAUUCACUUCGCAGUCUCCGGCUGUUCCUGCUGCUGCGAGUGCCGUUAAUGGUUCUUCUGUUAACCCAUCUCCAGUUCCUUCGACAAGCCUCUUCGUCUCUGGGCUCAACAAGCGAACUACAUCAGAGAAACUUUGUGAAGCCUUCUCUAAAUUUGGAGAAGUUGUUUAUGCCAGGGUAGUAACUGAUCGAGUCUCAGGAUACUCGAAAGGUUUUGGGUUUGUGAGAUUCGCCACAAUAGAAGAGGCAGAACAGGGCAUCAAGGGAAUGGAUGGACAGUUUAUUGAUGGUUGGGUCAUUUUUGCUGAAUAUGCAUGACCUAGAGCCUCAUCAGAACAGCCUCCUUCACCAGGAUCUUACCAACCACCCAGCUGAUAAUGUUGGAUCAACAAUUAUAACCUCGUAAGUUGUGGAGAUCUAAUCCGUGUCUAUUUUGGGGAAACUAUCUGGUUCCAUUUUUGAAGUAGUAUGACAAAUGAGAGAGCCAUCUUUGAUAUUGCAUGUUUUAGAUUUGAAUUUUUUUUAACAAUGCCGAGUAUGGUGAUGUAUCAGCACAUUCACAUAGUUAUUGCUUACUCUUCCUUU